AAGAUGGCAACACUGCUCUCUGUUCUUCCCGCCUAACGGUCGUUGAUAAAAUUAAAAUUUGAAUUUUGUUUGUCUUCAAUGUCUUCUGAUUCUGAAUGAAUAAAAUAAAUCUUGUACAUCGUACAUUUUUACAAUUCAAAAUUGAAGUACCCUGAAGCCCCAGCCUCCGACAUACGUACCAUUUCCAAAUUGCCAGCUUGAAAAAUAAACGUUCUUCUACGAUAAAUCAGGAACAAAGGCUUGGGUUUUUUAUCCAUACAUCAUGAAAAAAGCAUACACAACGCCGAUGAAAACGCCAAGUCGGCCAAAGACGAAAAAUACUGAUACAGACGCUAAUAAAGAAUCACUUCGAGUGUACUGUCGCCUAAAACCACUCUCCCAAACGGAACCAUCAUGUAUAAAAGUGAUCUCGGAUACUUCGGUUCAACUUUCGUUGCAAGAUGCGAAUAAAUCUGCGAAACAAUACACAUUCAAGAAAGUAUUCGUCGAAAACAGUACACAGAAGGAAGUAUUCGAAGAGGUAGCUCUACCUCUAGUUGAGCAAUUGAUCGAUGGUCAAAAUGGACUGCUUUUUACGUACGGAGUCACCGGCAGUGGAAAAACAUUCACUAUGACUGGAAGUAAACGUAAUGUCGGUAUAAUGCCAAGAUGUUUAGAUGUGUUGUUCAAUUCGAUCGCCGAUUACCAAGCUCGUAAGUUCAUUUUUAAACCGGAUAAGAUGAAUGGUUUCGAAGUACAAACUGAGGAGGAAGCUAAACGAGAUGAAGAGACGUAUCUGCGACAGAAUCAUAAGGCUAGAUUAAGAAAAAAUAAUUCUCAAGAAGAUUUGCUCUCAGCACGAAGCGAAGAUAGUGUUAGGAUCACGGUGAAAGAAGAAGAUAACGCCUACGCUGUUUUCAUCAGUUACGUAGAAGUAUACAAUAAGAAAGUAAUCGAUUUACUCGACAACGCUUUUGAAAAUGGACAGAGAAUUGAACCCAAAGUAAUCCGACACGAUGGCUCAGGAAACGGUUACGUUCUAGGCGCCACCGAAGUCGAGGUGAAAAGCACCGAAGAAGCUUUCGAAGUGUUUUACAAAGGACAGAAACGUAAACGAAUGGGUUGCACGACACUGAACAUUGAUUCCAGCCGUAGUCACACCGUAUUUACAAUCAAACUUGUCCAAGCUCCUUUGAACGCAUCAGGAGACAGAGUCAUACAAGAUGAAAAUCUCAUCUGCGUGAGUCAACUCUCGCUCGUCGAUUUGGCCGGCAGUGAGCGUACUAAUCGUACGAAAAAUACUGGUCAGCGAUUAAACGAAGCCGGUAAAAUAAACCAAUCGUUAAUGGUGCUUCGAAAAUGCUUGGAAACCUUACGCAGUAAUCAACAGUCCGGCACUGCAGAGAACAUCAGUUAUCGAGAGGAUAAAAUCACCUUCUUGUUCAAAAGCUAUUUCGAGGGUGAUGGUGAUAUUAGAAUGGUCGUUUGUGUGAAUCCAAGCAUGGCUGACGCAGAUGAAAAUGCUUUCGUAAUGACGUUUGCUGAAGCAACGCAAGAUAUAAUAGUGAAUCCGACUCCUUUGAAAGCAACUCUAUACCCAGCAUUAACUCCAGGUCGAAGGAGAGCUAACGUAGAAUCUAGAAAAGUUUUACAAAUGUUGGAAGAAGAAAAUGAAAACGAUCCUGUGGCAUACGUGCCUUUCGAUGCUAACAUUAUUUACAAUUUUGGACCAUUCCCUCAAUUGGAAUCGUUCUCCGGCGAUCCCGAGUACAGCCGAGCGUUGAUUAAUUACUUGGAAGAGACGCUAGAAAAAAGAAAAACAUACAAAUCGGAUUUAGACAAAAGAAAUGAGAAGAUCAGAGCUUUACUGUUGCAAUUCCAAGAAGAACUGCACCGAUGCAAACAGGAUAGAGAUGCUGCUAAUGCAAGAUCAGAGCACGAAAUGCUCAAGAGUAAAGCUCUCGAAGAUAAAGUCGUUAGUCUAGAUACCGAACUUACGAAGUAUAAAAGGAGAAAUGACGAACUGAUGGAAGAAAAUAAACAAAUUAAACGAAAAAUGCGCAAAUGUGAAGAGAAAAACUCAGAAAGGAAUAUUAAAUCGUCGCGUAGAGAACCGUCACCCUCAACCACUGAAUCCGCAAUUUCGUGUGCUCAACAUACGCCGAUUUCUGCGACCAAAUCAACGCCUCGCUAUAAUACUCGUAGAACACGACACACACCUCGCGAUAAAUGGCUCGUUCAACAACAAACGAUGGUGGUAGCUUUGGAUACCGUUCUGCAACCGAAUAUGCCUAAACGUAAAUCAUGCGACACUGUCACCAGUCCCAAGAAAAUGAGGAAAACCUCGAAAUACUGUUUAAUGACUCAAAAUCAAGACGAAACUGGCGAUCUUGAAACGCAGCUUUACAAAGGCGAUGUGGUACCAACAGUCGGUGGUGGAGCUCAGGUUAUUUUUAACGAUGUAGAAAUAUUGAAACAAGUGUCUCCAUUGAACUCGCCAACGUCUCCGAAGCAAAGACCAGCACCAUUGUAUCCGGAUAUACAAACGAAAUGCUCGGUCGCCGUGGAAGGACGUGCAUACAGGAGAAAACGUUGAACGAUGUUCACAUAAAUCUCGCUAUUCUCGCUACUGGUUUAGAAAUGAACACCCAGUCAAUCACUGCUGAUAUCAUAAGUUUAGUUUAUUUGUUACCUAAGCUAUAAGUACAUACUUCUUUUUCACUAUCAUUUUCAUUUUUUAUACAAAAGUAAUUUUACAAACUUUCAAUAUUGCUGUGAUAAAUUUUCAUUUCAUAUUCCGUAGUGAAUUUUGUACAUGAUGUAUACAGUAUUGAUACUGCACUCAGAUUAAAUAAAGACUUCUUUUAAAAUUUUU